CCACAAACCACAACCACCUCCCUCGCGCUCCCGUCUUCUGCCGGAUUGCCUUCUCAGAGCGAGUGGCGGCAUGAGGAUUCACGAGCUCCUCGAGGCCGUCAUCGACUACGUCGUCGUUGAAGGUGUGCUAGGCGCUGACCCCCUCGUUGUCCAGCGGCAUCUUGCUACUCUCGACCCCAAGGUCGACGACGCGUACUUCGCUCACCUCUGGCCACACAUUUCGAAGCACAAGCUUGUGCAAGUGAUUGUCGCUGCAGAUGCGCUCUCCGACCCCAACCCACCGAAUCCGUCUGUUGACGGCGCCGAGCUCUUCACCUUCCUCAACGAGGACGAUGGCGGUGACCCACCCGUCAAGACCACUGAUCUGCGCGCGCUCAUGGAGAGAUAUCCUGAUCGAUUGAGGAUCCGUUGCGUUGACGACGAAGUGUACUAUCGUCUCACUGGAUCUCGCCAGCGUAUUCCUCGAAUCACACCUAUGAUCUUCACCUACCUGCAACUCUCGGCGCGGUCGCGCGAGAAAGGCAUUUCCGCACUCGAACUUGGCCCCCUAACUCAGACCAACCAGAAGAGUGUCUUCCACUACAUCCGGGUCCUCGUGCAACUUGGUCUCUGCGCCAAGAUCCCCGCGUCUCUCCAUGGAGCCAACACCUCCAUCUUAGUCUUCCGCAAGUUCCUCGAGCAGAACCCCAACUACAAGGCGCACAUGCGCAAGAGCAGUCAAGAGCCCGAGGUCAAGGAUGAGCCCAAGGAGGAGGACGGAGAGGUUGAGCCAGAGGAGGAUGGUGAGGUCGAGAACCUUGGAUUCAACUUCACCCCUUUCUCGGAGAUGGAGCUUGUGGCCGGGCACAUCCCCCGCGAGCGUCUUAUUCGCGUUCUCGACCAUCCCGGCCUCAAGAACCAUCUUUUGGGCAACCACCACCUCCUUCAAGUUCUCGGCUGGCCUACGCAGGGCUACAAAAAUCGCCACCGCCGCCAAUUGCAGCGCCAUAUCGCUCAGAUGGUUGACGAGGGCGUCGUUGAAUACGUUGAUAUUGGGAGCGCUCUGCGAGCGUGUCUCCGGCUCACCAAGUACAACCCCGACUACGUGGCGCCAGCGAAGGCCGACGAUGUCCAGGUGAUUGAGGAGGUGCCCAUGAACGCUGCUGAGUACACCGAGCCGUUCCGCUUCCACGGGGGGGCCCUCGCAACGGCUUCUCUUGAGUCACAGGUUAUCAAUUCGAUUCAUCGCUCGGGGCCGCAGGGCCGUACAUUGCAGGACCUCUACGUUGCAUUGAGCGGCAUCUUCCGCCGCACCCUUGAGCACAUUAUCAAUCGCAUCGACCUCGUCUUCCUCGCCCCCCAUCUCAAGCACAAAGCGAUCCGCUGCGUUAUAGAGUCCGUCCAGCGUGAGCGCCGUCUGCGUCUCUUCUCCAUUGACAACUACGUCCAGUACAUGGCGCACCUGGGUAUUGUCGUAACGCCUCCCCCUACACCUGCCGCAGCGGGUCACUGGGCGGAUAUUUCCUUCCGCAAGUUCAUCGAGAACGGCACUCAGCUCAAUAAAGCUAUGGCCACCCUGUCGAGCGGAAUUAUACCUGUGGGCUCAGCAUACUCCGGUGGAGCUGGGCGCAAGCGUGCCCCGCGAAAAUCAGCUACCGCGUCAGAGUCGCCGGCCCCCACUCUGGGUAAGCGGAAGCCAAGAGUGUCUGCUCGGGCCCGUGCCACCACAGAGGGCGGGGAGGAGAUCGUUAGCGAUGACGCGGGCUCGCCCGCCCCAGGUCUGAAGAAGAAGCCGAAACGUGUCGCAGCAACCCGCCAGCCUAAAUACGAGAAUGAGGUACAGGAGCGUGGGCGGCCUCGCAAGUACGUCUAUGUCGUCAAUCAGGACGGUACGCGCAACCGCAUGAUCCUUGGCGACCUGAAGUUGACACCGAACCUACCCCCACUUCUCGUUUACGUCAAGGACGCUGGCGUGCUCUGCCUUCCUCCCAAAGGUUACACUGGUGUCGGCGAGCCCCCAGCUCUUACGGACGAGAUGAUUGCGGCCGGUCUCCCCCCCGAGCACUACGGCCCUGCGAAGCGCGGCAAGGUAAAAGGCGGAGCUACAGCAAAGGCGCCCGCCAAGAGCCGAAAGCGCAAGGCGGAAGAGGCUCAGGGCGAUGGCGUGCCAGCAUCUGAGGCGGCCGAUGGCACCUCUGCUCCGACAGCUGAAUUGGAAGAGGCGGGGCCCUCCAAGCGCCCCCGCCGCAAGGCUGCAAUGCGGAAGCUGGUCGCCCACCUACCUCCCGACCUGGAACCGGAAGAGGGCGCUGAGCUGGACGAGCUAGCUGAAGCGGACCCAGACGCCGCGGAGAUCGGUGCUGGUCCAAGUCUGGAGGUGGACCUUCCGUCCGCCGAGGAGCUGAUGGUGGUCGAGAACGCCGUACCUGCUCCUGAGGCAGUUAUUGACGCGGUAAUGGCCUCCGCAGAGGCUGUAAUCACAGCGCCUGGUACGGUCGCGCCGCCCGAGUUCAUCAUCGACACAACUGCGAUCACUCACGCCUCCCCCCCCGCCGCUGCCGAGAUUUCAACACCACCCGAGUUCACAGUCACCGAUGUCGCUGCUGUUGCCGAAGUCACUUCUAUCCCUGACUUGACUGCUGCGCCUGUCGUAACACCCCCUGACCUCAACGCGAAGCCUCCACCGAAGUCUCGUCGUGGGAAGAAGGCGCUCAUCGAUGCCGCCGAUCAGAGCACGAGACGAUCUACUCGUGCUCGCCGUAGUGGCGCUUCGGCGAUCAACCCGGAUGUCUCGCCUGCUGACGGCCACUUAGGCCGCACAGACGAAGCACCGGCACUCGGCGCCGCUGCGUUACUCGACGGAGAUGCUCCUGCUGCCGGGUCAAUGGAGGCUCCAGCUCUGGAGUCAAUGGAAGCUACCGCUGCUGCUGCCGAUUCAUCGGAACUUCCGAAUGAUGCCGUCCUGUCGACUCCGGUCGGGCAAGUGGCCGAGAGCGCCAUGCAUCCCGAUCAUGCGGAGGCCACGGCCGACACCAUGGGUGUUGAUGAUUCCAAGCCUGAGCCGAAGCUGCCUGCGGCACGUCUUACCCGUGUUGACGUUGCUACUUUGCGCAGGAUACAAGAGCUCCUUCAAUGCUUGAUCGACAGCGGCGGCGUUAUGACGGACAAUAAGCUGUACCACGAGCACAAGGACUGGGUAAACAAGUGGGCCGGCACCGACCACCCGUUUGCUCCGGCCGUUCCCGCUGGUAUGGACCGCAAGGUCUUUAAGCGUGUCCUCGCCAUCUUGGUCAACGAUGGUCGCAUCAAGGAGCGCAUCUCCAACAUGCCCACCACAACGGGCCGUUGGGUGAAGCAAACGAUUGUUUUUGCGGAGGGCACGCCCGAGGUCGCCGUCAGCACUUACAUCCACUCGCUGGCCAAUACAGUCGGAUCGCAGCCAUCAACGCCUCAACCUCUUGCACGCUCCAGGGUCGCCUUGCAAUACUCAAUGUACAAGAAGCCAAGUCGUGCAAGUAUAUUAGUCCCCGAUGACGACAAGGAUGAGUCACCGAGCAAAUCCCCCCUCACUCAACGCGAGGCAUUUCUCAGCGAGCCUGGCAUGGGCGCACACCUCUACGGGUACCUUACGGGUCGCAACCUGCGCACCAAGGCGCUUCACCAAGCGAUUCUCAAGGUCAUCUCCUCCGAAGAGGCGCAGGCGGAUGCGCCGAGCUUAGUAUCCACGACGCCCCGUCUUUUUGCGAUGCCUCUUGUUUUCGAGGAGCUCCACAUACGCGAUUGGCUUCGCAUCGUGCGCGUCGAGAAGUGGGACGAGGAGCUUUACCAAUGGACGCAAAUCCCGGGGAAUCUUGACAUCCGGCUGAAGAAUCUACCUCAGGACAUCGCCGAGCGUGCCAACAUGAGCGGGCGGUCGUGGCACAACGCCAAAGUGAACAGUGUUCGCACGCUGUUCUCGAUGCUUUCAUUCCUGCAAAUUCUGACGCCGCUUCAGCCAUGUGACGUUUCCAUCGCCACGGUGAAGUUGUCUGAGACGAAGGGUGACCACCCCAUGAUGUACGAGCGCGCCCCAGACGCUACGGCUGCGCCGUACUUCAUUCUCCAUGAUGUUGCCCCGGUAUACCACGUCGCCGAUCCCUCACUCCCUCUCCUCGGCUUCAUGCCGGCCAGAAACGAGGAGGAGGCCGAGCGACUGUGGGCGAUGAUCAAGGAUGGUGCACACCAGCCCAGUCGGCCACAAGUCGCGCGUAUGGACGUGCCAGCAUUUCCGUUCGCACCUGUGGUCACCGGUGUUCUCGACACCACCGUCAACCUUACUACUGCGCUGUUGUCUAAGCGUAGAUGGAAGGACGAGCUCAAGCUUUUGGAUGGCCAGCGUCGAGCCCUCAAUGCGGCCAUCGAUAGCCGUGGUGCGCGGACAGUGAAGACCAAGGAGGAAGUGGCCAAGCUUGCCCACGACCUAGCAAUCACGCCUGGAGAUGUCGAGACGUACUUGGCCCGCCGUGACAGACUCAGGACGUCCAUCAGCGAGCGAACCAUUCGACCAGCUCCCACCACGGGUGCCGCGACAUACACACGCUCAGAACGGCACAACGAAAAGGCCGCCAUCCGCGAAGAGCUCGCCAAUCGCAUUCGUGCCGCUCGGCAAGUCUACGAACAGCGUGUGCAGACUGCUGCAGCCAAGGUCGGCGUUGAGGUGACGCAGGAGCUCCUUGACUACAUUGUUCGGAACCGCCCCAUGACACGGCUUGGUGAGAUCACCAGCGAUGCUGAGCUCGUUACGAUCAUGGAGUCUUUCGUGCGCGUCAAAAACGGCUUCCAGCUCCCUCCACGCCGCAACCCAGGUCUCACCCGCGCCAGUACCAGUCACAUCAAACCCAGCCGCAACCGCGGGCGGCCGCCCAAGCCCAAGGACUAUAAGCCAGCGGUUCUGCCCAAGGUUGAAAAAGAGAAGGGCCGCCGUUACCGACACGCGUGGACCAAGGAAGAAGAGGAUCUCAUCCUUGACUGUGAAGCUGUCAUUCGCGCGCGUGCUCGUGGCUCGCAGCAACGGGGUCGUUCAGCGAUGAAGGACAUUUUCCCAAUGAUCGGUGAUCAGGUCCUUCGCGCCAAGGUCAAGAAGCUCCUGGAGCCUCCUGGCAAGGCAGCGUAUUAUCAACGUUUGGAGGAUGCCGUGGCCAAUAUCCUCGAGGAGUUCCAAGGUACCGACGACCUACCAGACCCCAAUCCAGGCAACAUCACCCACUUCAACCUCCGGUUAUAUGUCGACUUCGUCCGCACCAAGAUCAACAAGGCGCUAUUACGUCUUCCCGUCUCGUCCGCUCCACCGCCUGGCAAAGGGAAAGCACCAGAGCUUCCUCACGAUCCCAAGGAGCUCAUCAAGCGAUACGAAUGGGAGUAUCUCAAGGCCACAAAUACGUCCUUUGAUCAAAUCCUCGACAUUCCUGGAAGUGAAGAGAGCAAACUGCACAAUAUUAGCCUUGCCAGUGUAGUGGAAGAGGAACCACGCGCGUGCCAGGCCCCAGACGAGCCUAUUGACCGCACCACCUCAAUCAUCCGCGCGGCGAUCAAGAUGGUUGUGUCAACUCCCAACCCUGUGUACAACAUGCAGGCGGCGUCCCAGCUGCUGAGUAAUUACUACAAAGACGAGUAUGAGCCGCAGAUCGCCGCCCUUGUCAACGAGGGCAUGCUCAACAAGAACAUCAACUCGAUGAAAACGCCUGGUCGUAUGUACGGCUACGCAAACGGCUGGCUGUAUGCCGCAGAGGGCUUUGUGCCGCCCGAGGUCCCCAAACAGGUCCGCGACAUGCAGGCCAAGCUGUCUCAAGAAGGCGAGAUGACGUGGCCACUGGUGGGCCAACCAGGCGACCUUGCCACAUUCAUGCAAAUGGUGUCCAACCAUGAUCUCGACAUUGAGAUCAACGCCGAUGAGGUGCCUGCGCUCGGCAUGGAGCGUCUGGCGUACAACACGCGUUCACUUACCGAUGCCUCGUUCGAGUGGGACAUGCGUGUUAAGCGCCUCACGAAGCCCGUCCCCACUUUCCCAGCUGCCCCGCCAUCUCUUGAGAUCCCGCCUCUCGUGCCGUGGUCAGUUGCGCCAGGUCCUACUGCGCACGUUGAGCACAUCAUGGACGCAGUUGCCGCUGCUGGUGCGGAUGGCAUCACUGCCGGCGAGUUGAAGGUCGUAACGGGCUUGUCGGUGAGUGCCAUCGACGGAGCUUUCGCGGCGCUCGCGCUGGAGACAAACCCACGCAUCUUCUGGGCGGGAUACGACAACGCGCACGUGGUUGCCAGUCAGUUCUGGGGCGGCUGGACAACGCGGAUCAAGCCGCGCGACAAGUUCUUCGGACCUGACCCCUGCCCGCGGGUUGAGUGCGCUGCACGCCGUUGGGUCGACAUCUGGGGCGAGCUCAUACCUUCCGAAUGGGACCGAGCAAUGAAGGCCAUCAUCGGGCAGUUGAUAGUGCGCCCCGGCAUGACCGAGCAUGACCUUCGCCAGCGUCUGAGUGCCGUCCUGGACCGGAUGGAGAUUUCGGACGUCCUCCAGGCUCUUGUUAGUGCUGGGUGGGUUACGCGCCGCACCGGGCUUCCCUCGGACCGGCCAGUGCCACCCGUGCACGCUACUGAUGCGUGGGAGGCACGCGGCAUUGUGCUCAUCACGAGUGAGAACAUGUGGGUAUAGCAAAGUAGAGGAAGCGCGUGCGCGAUGGCGGUCGCACGCCAUCUGAGAAAGGAAAGGCAGCUCAGACGGGUGAGAUAAUAUCGCAGCAUACGGGUUGCAUGUGUGUAUGAUGAUGAAUAUGUACUUGUGCGUGC